UGCACACAGAUAGCAACAUUUCCAUGGUUACAGAAAGGCCCUGCAAUCCCUUAUAUUUUAUAAUAAAUGCAUUAUUUCUAUAAGAUUGAUGACAGACAAAGAAGAAAGACAGUAAGGUAUCACUACAACAUCAGUAAGUGAUGUGAUGUGAGUACUCUGAAGUGCACACAGACAAAACACACUAACAGAGCAUGCCUCUGAGUCCGGCAGCCAGCAAACAUGAGCCAUCCGAUCAGCAGCAAGAGGAGGUGCAGCAGUGUGCUACCAACGGCAACCAGGGGGACUCGGACAGCUCCAGAGAAGACACCAUCUACGACACAAUCCGGGCCACCACUGAGAAACCCCCUACCAGCCCCAUGGAGGAACCCCAAGCCAAUGGUAUCGUCAUCCGCAUAGGGAUCCCAGACCUGCAGCAAACCAAAUGUAUGAAAUUCAAUACAGAGGCACCUAUCUGGGCCUCGAAGCAAAGGAUUUUAUGUACUCUGAAUCAGAGUCUGAAGGAUGUAUUAAACUAUGGACUCUUCCAACCAGCUUACAAUGGAAAAGCGGGGAAAUUCCUGGAUGAAGAGAGACUGUUAAAGGAAUACCCACUGCCCACAGUUACCCCAGUUCCUUAUCUAGAGUUUCGUUACAAGCGACGGGUUUACACCCAGACUCAUCUGGAUGAUAAGCAAUUGGCAAAGCUCCAUACAAAGGCUAACUUAAAGAAGUUUAUGGAACAUGUCCAACAGAAGAAUAUUGAUAAAAUUGCAAAACUUUUGGAGAAAGGGCUUGAUCCGAAUUUCCAUGAUCCAGACACAGGUGAAUGCCCGCUGACAAUGGCUGCUCAGCUGGAGGGCUGUAUGGAGGUGAUCAAACUGCUGAAGAAUGGUGGUGCCCACUUGGACUUCAGGACAAAGGAUGGACUGACAGCUCUACACAAGGCAGUGCGGACAAAAAACCACACUGCACUCAUUACGUUGUUAGACCUGGGUGCAUCUCCUGACUACAAGGACAGCAGAGGCUUAAGUCCAUUAUACCACAGUUCCAUGGUGGGAGGAGAUCCAUAUUGUUGUGAAUUACUACUUCAUGAUCAUGCAGUGGUGGGAUGUGUGGAUGAAAAUGGCUGGCAAGAAAUACAUCAGGCCUGUCGCCACGGUCAUGUUCAGCACUUGGAACACCUACUAUUCUAUGGAGCAGAUAUGAGUGCCCAAAAUGCGUCUGGAAACACUGCCCUCCAUGUCUGUGCUCUCUACAACCAGGAUAGCUGUGCAAGGGUUCUUCUGUUCCGAGGGGCAAAUAAAGAAAUCAAAAACUAUAACAGUCAAACUGCAUUUCAGGUGGCUAUAAUUGCUGGGAAUUUCGAUCUGGCUGAAAUUAUAAAAAACCAUAAAGAAACUGAUGUUGUGCCUUUCAGAGAAACACCCUCAUACUCAAAUCGGCGGCGAGUGACAUCGAGUGGCACCCUUUCUUCUCCACGCACCUUGCUGCGCUCUGCUAGUGACAACAACAUCAAUGUUGAAGGUCGCCCAUCAUACUCCCCUGUCCCUUCACUCAGGAGUCUACCACCCCAGUUGGCUGGACAGCAAGGCCAGGAAGUGGCUGACAGCAGUUUGCAGAGCACUGCCAGCUCCCGCAGCUCUCACUCCCGUUCACCCUCUUUGCAGUGUGUCCAGGAAGAGAGGGAGCCUGACAAUCUCACACUCAGGAGACACACUAGAGGCAGACACAGCCCCAGUACAGUUACCCCCGAGCCGAGUCCCCCUCCACAGCCACAAGCCCUUUCUGGGCACAGAGGGCCCAAGCGGAAACUCUACAGUGCUGUGCCUGGGCGCACCUUCAUCGUGGUGAAACCCUACACACCCCAAGGAGAGGGUGAGAUCCAGCUGAACCGAGGGGAGAGGGUCAAGGUGCUGAGUAUUGGUGAAGGUGGAUUUUGGGAAGGAACUGUAAAAGGCCGAACAGGCUGGUUCCCAGCAGAAUGUGUGGAGGAGGUCCAGAUGAGGCAGUAUGAUCCACGACAAGAAACACGAGAAGACAGGACAAAGAGACUCUUCCGACACUACACAGUUGGCUCUUAUGACAAUUUCACAUCAUACAGCGAUUACAUCAUUGAAGAGAAGACUGCUGUCCUGCAGAAGAAAGAGAAUGAAGGCUUUGGAUUUGUUUUACGUGGUGCAAAAGCGGAGACUCCCAUUGAAGAAUUCACACCCACCCCAGCUUUUCCAGCACUGCAGUACCUUGAGUCUGUGGAUGUGGAAGGCGUGGCCUGGAGGGCAGGACUGAGAACAGGAGACUUCCUCAUUGAGGUAAAUGGAGUGAACGUGGUGAAAGUAGGGCACAAGCAAGUGGUGUCAUUGAUACGGCAGGGAGGGAAUCAUCUGAUAAUGAAGGUAGUUUCUGUGAGCCGGAAACCAGAAACUGAAGAAGUGGUACGCAAAAAAGCUCCUCCACCCCCAAAAAGAGCACCCAGUACAACCCUGACACUGCGCUCCAAAUCCAUGACAGCAGAGCUUGAAGAACUGGCGUCCGCAAGAAGGAGAAGAGGGGAAAAGUUGGAUGAUAUUCUUUCUGCCCAAGAACCAUCCUUAAGACCUGAAGUUGCAGAGGCAGACUAUAGAGCCGCCACAGUGAAACAGAGGCCCACCAGCAGGCGAAUAACACCAGCAGAGAUCACCUCACUUUAUGAGCGUCAGGGAAUGCCUGGGCAGGCUGGAAUUCUACCAGUGGCAGAGAAAUCUCACAUCCCUUUGCCAAAGGGAAUGUCCAGAACUAAAUCCGUAGGAGCAUCAGAGGAUGACAUGCUGUCAGCUUCAGCGGGAGAGCCACGAUUUCCACGGAGUUCAUCAAUGAUUGACAGCCUAAAGGAAAGCCAUGGAAUCCCUCCCCCUCCCCAAACAGCUCCACCUCCACCACCUUCCCAGUAUUAUUUGGACACAGGUCCACCUCCAGCCUUUUGCCCCCCUCCUCCUCCUGGACGGGGCCAUGAACAAACCCGUUCCAGUUUUAAACCAGGUUCAGAAGCUAAGAUCCAUGGCCUCCCACAAGUUGUCACCACAGCUGAAAUUUACGAGCCACCGCGACCCUCCAUCUCACAUAUUGAAAGACAAAAGAAAGCACGUUCUAUGAUUAUCUUACAAGACUCUUCACAUAUACCUGUUGAACCUACAGAUAUUCCUCGUCCCACUACGUCUUCUACCCCUCCAGAGAAGAUCAAAAGAAAAGGAAGAGUGAUUGAUAAUCCCUAUGCUAACGUUGGUCAGUUUAAUGUAGGUUUGUAUGCUCCUACUAAGCCUCAGCGCAAAAAGAGCCCUCUGGUGAAACAACUUCAAGUAGAGGAUGCACAAGAGAAAGCUUCCUUAGCACUUGCUUCAGCUCAUUCCAGAGACCAUUCACCAACAGGUAGGGUUUCACAUAUUAGUCGAGCAGAAUAUCAACAGCAUCUAUUGCAAGAAAAAGUGCGAGCUCAGGCAGAAGCCCAGUUAGUAAAAGGACCAUUUUCUGCUGCCAUAGCUGGAGCAGUGAAAGACCGGGAAAAACGUUUAGAAGAAAGGAGGAAAUCCACAGUCUUCCUAUCAGUGGGUGCAGUUGAGAGCAGUUCUCAAAGCCCAGAGCCACCCUCCUUAAUGCAAUCAAGAUCUAUUGAUGAGCGAUUGCUGGGCAGCAGGGAACAUUUAGGUCAACUGUCUCCAUCAUCCUCUGCUCUUAGACCUUUACCAGGUAGCACUACCUUUAUCCACCCUCUUACUGGGAAGCCAUUGGAUCCAAACUCACCACUAGCACUUGCGCUGGCCGCAAGGGAGAGAGCACUCACUUCCCAGAUCCAACCAUCACUGACAGGUAGUCCAGAACCUAGGACUAAAACUGAAAAAGCAGGGCCAUUGUAUGUGGAAACUCAGACCAAAGAGGCAGAAGAAAUAGACAUAAAAGAUAGGAGGUUAGCAUCACCUACAAUCUCACCAGGAUCAAAAACCAGUUAUGAUCCUACUCCAGAUUCUUCACUUUCCACCAGAAGUCAAUGGGGUACCCCAUCAACCCUUCGAAGAGAACUUGAAAUUAGGACUGAAAAAACAGAAAAGGAGGACAGAAAGCCAGAAGAUAAGAAAAGCAUGAUCAUCAGCAUUAUGGACACAUCCCAGCAGAAAACAGCUGGCCUGAUCAUGGUUCAUGCCACUAGCAAUGGACAAGAAGUGGGUAUUGAUGAGCCAUCCAUUACCCUGAAAGCAGCUCCAGCUGAGCCAAGCAAACUUGCGCCUACAGACACAAAGCCCACUAGCCCUGCUACCACAAUCACUACCACUACUACCACAAUUCAGCAGUCAACAAGUCCUUCCUCUGACAAAACUCUGGUACAAGGAAGCUCAGAGGAGGAGGUGGAGCCAUUUACAGUUACUCUUCCCCCAGCAUUAUUGUCCUCUAGUGAUGAGGAAACACGCGAGGAAUUAGCAAAGAUAGGGCUGGUUCCCCCACCAGAUGAAUUUGCCAAUGGUGUCCUUGUCAAGGUUCCUGGCAUGCCCAUACCACAGCAGGCCAAGACUAUUGCACCUUCCUCCUCAACCCAAGCAGCAGCAGCAGCACCACCACCACCUUCUACUGCUGGUGGAACACCCUCAGGGAAGCCCUCAGACACCCCCUUGGUGCCUGAGUCUGCAGCCGACUCAGGUGUGGAAGAGAUAGACACCCGGAGUUCUAGUGAUCAUCACCUGGAGACCACCAGUACCAUCUCCACCGUUUCAAGCAUGUCAACACUUUCAUCAGAGAGUGGUGAGCCCACUGAUACCUACACCUCCUUCGCCGAUGGGCAGACUUUUAUACUCGAGAAGCCGCCAGUGCCUCCAAAGCCAAAACUCAAGUCCCAGCUCAGCAAGGGGCCAGUUACCUUCAGGGACCCUUUAUUGAAGCAGUCUUCGGAUAGCGAGCUCCUCUCUCAGCAACAUGCGGCCGCGCUGGCUGCAGCCGCCGGCACCGGCCGACCCCGCUACCUCUUCCAGAGAAGGUCCAAGCUAUGGGGGGAUCCUGUGGAAAUGCGGCCAAUACCUGGGGCAGAGGAUGGCAAGCCCACUGUGAUCAGUGAAAUAAGCUCCAGGCUGCAGCAGCUAAAUAAGGACACACGCUCACUUGGAGAAGAACCGGCUGGAUCCAUGUUAGAUCCUGGAAAGAAAUCUCCUGUUGUUGCUGCAAGAUACUUGAAAUGUUGCGAACACCUGAAGUGGAAAUAUUUUUAACAGGAAAAAUAAUACAUUUUCCUACAUUUUUCAUCAUAUGUAUAAAUAAUUCAUAUAUUCAGAAACUGUGAAAUUCCAUAUUUCUGAUGUGAUACAAAUGAAAUGCCUUUUAAUUCUGGUGUGCAAACAUCUCUUUUUAAGGAGUGGAAUGUUUUUGUUUCUACAGAGUGAUUAAACAUUUUGGCGUAGUUUUUAUUUUCUCUUUUAAACUUUGUUUUUUUUAUAAAACAGGUCCUCAAACAUCACCACUGCAGCUAACACACACAGAAUAGCCCACACUUCUAUAUGUAGUUCAAGACCAGUGGAGUUACCCAGGGGAAAAAAAAAACAUGUGGCACUUUUUUAACUAAUAUAUUCAUUUGUUAAAAGAUAUUAAAAAUCAAGUAUGAAAUAUCCAUUAAAUAUUCAAUUAAACAAUGUCUGCAUGCAAAUGGGAAAUUAAAAGGUAAAAGAUUUCCAACAUACAAUGUAUGACCUGCUGCCCGGGGUGUCCAUCUUGGACACAGUUAAAGGAAAGAUGUCCAUUAGCUAAGAGAACACACUUAACCCCCGUUUAUCUGACACUGAAGGUUAGGUGUUUUGAUGCAAUAAUAAGAGUAAUAAAAAGCAAAUACUGUAGUGUUAUUUGAAUGGCUGCAGAAACCCCACCCCCUGGAAGUGUCUGCAGUGUGGACACCUCUUAAUUCCUAACCCUUAUAACCAUUAAUAAAACUAAAAUCCUCUAGUGGAAUGGUUGAAAAAACACACAGCACAUUUUGUGUGGUGUAUUCACAUAUUUUCCAUUGAUACAUACAAAGUAAUAAGGAUAAAUUUGUUUGAUCUGUUCACAUCCUAAGGUGCUCACUAAGCAGUGAACCACAUGAUCUUUUAAAAUCUGAAGCUAUCAGUGCCAUUCUUUUCUUAUUCUUCCCACCACUCCCUCAAAUGCUGACCUAAAAAUUAAAUGCAGAUGCUAGCCAAUUUAAUCCCUAUUGCCUCACACUGCAGAAUGAGGUCAGACUUUAGCCUGGUAGCACUAGUGGCACCAAUAGACAUAUUCUGUUCUUACCUAAAUUGUGUACAUGUCAGCGGUCACAUUAAAUGAUUAGUCUUCUUUUCGAAUUUCUACUUUCUAGUAGAGGGGAACAAAAUCUUUCCCCUAUAAUCUACCCCAGAUCUACAAUGUAAAUGUACAUUGAAAUGAAGGAUCAUGUUCGUUGACUGUAAUGUAGUAUUAGAAUUUUGUCAACUUUAGCAUUUUGCCUUUAAGUCAGAUGCUAUAUAUGAAGCCUUCAUUCCUUGGUUUGUGUCAGGAAAGUCUUUGUUCAUUUUAUUCCCUGUUGUCAAAUUGUUAUAACUCAGGAUCUUUAUCAUUUUUUUCAGAGUUUAUUCUGCAUGUUUUUGGCCUCUUUUAUUUUAAUAUUAUAAUUUGGAAACAAGUAGAGUUCAUAUCUGCACUUCAAAUAUUAUUUGGAUAUGUUUUUUUAAAAUGUCAACCUCAUAUCUUUCUUGAAUCUGGUUUGCUGUCAUUAUGGGUACUGACAUCUAGUAGGAAUGUUGCCGUGGUGAUUCACUCAGGAAGUGAUGCCACAGACAUAACUGCAUAAUGGUCAGUUCCAAGGAUUGCUGGGUUAUCUGAGAUUGGAUUUAAAUAAGAAACAUUUGUUUGGUGCAUUCUUCGUACAAAAUUCGUACAUAAUUUUGCAUUAGUUUUUUGAUUAUUAUUAUUAUGGGGUUAAUGAAAGUUAGGACAGGUUUUUGUUUUUUUGAAUUAGGCUUGACUCUCAGUUAAAUUUGACUUUCUAACUACCAUUUCUCCUGCAUAGGCAGAAUACAUAUAUUUACCCGAAUUCAGCCUUCAAAAAAUAUACGCCCUCAACAAUGCAUGAUGUUUAAUGGUGUUGGUCAGCAAAAUUUGCCAAAAUGUCGUUCUCUUGAAAUUUGCUGUGGUUGCAAGUGACCUUGUUCAAUGAAUAUUUUCCUGAAAAUUCACUGUGACCAGCUUAGAGGAACUUUUUUCUGCAGUGUAGCGUGAUCCUUUGCGUUGCCAGUGUGACAUCUCAGAGCUGUAGCAACUAUGUGCAGAACUUUCACACUUGCGUACUGUAAGUGCACUCCACCUAACAUUUCAUGUUGCUACUCACGAUCUGCUUUACCCAUGCUUGAUGUCACUGUCCUAUUGAUAUUCCAGCCAGAUUUACACCCCGCAUGUGCUUAAAAAAAAAAAAAAGAAAAGAAAAGCUCAGAGUAGUUUGUUUGAGGGGUGCAUUUGUUGACCAUAAUAAGAAUAUUAUGCAAAUACUUAGUUGUUCUGCAUAUUUUCAUUAUACAAUGUAGCUCUAAGAAUGCUGUGUUUCUCACUUUGCAGAGCACAGCAGGAAGUGACAGAAACAGCCCCCCAACGAUAUAAUGCUGAUCCCUUGCAUCACAGACUCUGCUGACACUUAAAAGUUCAAGCAGAGAUGUGCUGAUACGGAGUAUUGCAGUAGCGCUUCAGGUCCAUAUAAGGGAUACAGGCGUGGGCUGAAUGCAUAUACAAUUAACCACGUGCUGUGGCAGCAGUCAAAUCAAAUCUUAAAGAGCCCGUUUACUCCUCCCAGAGUCACACAGCACACAAAACACUAUGAAAUAAUAGUAAUAACGAAGGCUUGUAUUUUGGAAUAAAUCUAUUUCAAUCGUUUUGGUAAAAGAAAAAAGUGCUAAACACCUGCACAAAGAGAGCAGAAACAAAGAAGAUGUUCCAGCUACAUGGACUCUAGAUUUCAAACAAUGGUACAAGCAAGUCCCUCGUCAUCACUUCAUGGCAUGCACAGUGAAUGCACCCUCAUGUUACAUUUUUCUCCACAACAUUUGGUCCAGAAUAGUUGGCAGGUGCUUCCCUAGCCCUCAGGGGACACCUAAGCUUACCAUUGUACUAUUACAGUCUAAUUAAAACUAAUUCAUUCAGUUCCUAUUGCCCCACUGACUUCAAUGUAUUGCAUUGAGUUCUGUGAAGUUCCCUAAUAGUUCCCUGAUUUUACAAAACACAUGACAAAGUGAAUUCCAAGGGUCUCAUUAUCCAUACACCUACUGGUUAUUUUGUUGUAAUUAUUUGCUAAUAUAUUUUGGUAAACACUGCAUAAGUCUUCCUUCAAACUAAGAGACAGAAAGUCCUUAGCAUUGUCAGAGUUUUAUUGAGGCAAGAACAUAAGUCAAAUCAGUUAGUUUGUUCCAAGUAAGUUCCAGUAUCUCAGCCUGAAACGUUUAAAUGGUGUCAGAAGUUUUGCUUCAGCUAUGUAAUUUAGUAGUUUGUUUCAGAUUCCAACAUACCUUUAUGUGAAGAACGGCUCUCCUGAUUCUGUCUUUUAUUCUGCUGGUACCCUUAAAUAUGUGAUUUGCCAGUUCAGAAGGAUCAACUUUAUAAAUGUCGUUGAGUGUUUUGAAGAUGUGGAUUAAGUCCCACAUAUUCACAUCUGAUUAAGACUUUAAAUGCGAAAAUAUAUCAUAUGAUUAGUGUAUAAAUUUAUGUUCUUUUUGCAUACAAACUUCAAUGAAAAAUAUACUUGUAACACUGCAAUAAACUGAAGUCAUAUUUCUAAUUUUACUGUACAAUUAAAGUUUUGUUAGUAAUGAUUUAUUGUGUAUUAUUAUCAAAAUUGCUCUACUCUUGUUGUUUUUGUCCUUAUCACGUACAUUUAGCUUCCAUUGGUGCUGCCAAGACUUUUAAAUACUUUUGUUUUAUUGGACAUGGAGGUUAAGAGAGCACUAUAAAAUAUAUUUUCCUAUAAUGUUUUAAGAUUCCCAUCUGUUUUGUUUUUCAUUAUUUUUUUUAUAAUACUACCAGUUAAUGAAACUAUUUUGUACUGCUUACUUGCUUUCUCAAGUUUUCUUUUCAGCAAUGAGUUAAUAUGUGAAAUAUCCAGCAGGGCUCAGUCUAAGUUUGACAAAAAAAUUAUACUGUUUAAUUGUUUACUACUUGGGUUCAAACUUCUAUAUAAUGACACCUGCAACAUGCUCUAAAUGGUCCAGACAGAUCUCUUCAUAUUUAGAUAUUUCUAUCAGAGUCGCAGGUUAAGUUUUGAUCCUGAUUUUUUCUUCGUAAAUUGUGUGAAAUUACACUAAUGUGUUAUGCAUAGCUUUAUUGAGAUAACACUUAUUUUUUAAAAGAAAAUGUUUGUUGUUCUUCAUCUCUGAAAAUACAUUUAAGCCCUUUGUAUUC